AUGGUGCCCUCUCUCUCUCUUCAGUGCAUCUGCAGAUCUUCCUCGGUGCAGGACUGUCCCUCCUCUGCCUCAGCAUCCUCCUGGGUUGUGCCAUGUGCUGGUGGCACCGCCAGCACCCAAGUCCCCACCCCAGCCGGGAGCGGGCAGCCAUGGAGCUGGGACCUGCUCUGCCUGCCAUGACUGUGCCAGUGCCCAUCCAGCAACAGUAUGAGGAGGUGGCAGGAGAGGUGGUGGUUGCUCGGGCAAAAGAGGGUUCCUUGGCAUCACCAGCAUCCCAUGGGAGCUCGCUCCGUGUCAGAGCAUCCUUGCCCACUCUCCCCUUCCUCCCGCAGCUGGCGGGAGCGUGGCAGCGCCGCUGCACCAUCUCUGGAGCCAAACUGCUCCACAACAAGGACAGCCCGCUGCUCCACCCCGUCGCAGGAUCCCCACUGCCCUCUGAGCAGCGUCCCCGGCUCCACUGCGACUUGUCCUACUCACCACCCGAGGCCAUUCUCACCGUGACGAUUCUCGGCGUCUCCCGCCUGCCCAAGGGGCUGCAGGACGACCAGGGCUCCUACGUCAAGGUGUACCUGGUGCCGCGGCUCCCGGUGUGCCAGCGCGUGGCCGUGUGCCGCCGGAGCCUCCGCCCUGCCCCCCUGGAGCCGUGCCGGUUCGGCCCAUACAGCCCAGAGGAGCUGAGCAGCUUCACCCUGCGCUUCGCUGUCUACGCCAGGUCGCGUAGCCUCAGGGACUCUUUUGUGGGGGAGGUCCUGUUCCCCUGCGCCCAGGCUUCUUGGGAUCCCUGGGCAUCUUCCGGCUACACCUGGGAGCUGGCGAGCACCAAAACCAAGCUCAGGAAGGUCAGGAUGGCAGCAGUCUCCAGCAGGGGGUUGUCCUCAUGUUUUGGCUGGAGAAAGUUUCACGGCGUCUCCUGCUCUCUCCUCCCAUUCCAGUGCCUCAGAGCCCACGACACAAGCUGCAGCGUCCUCUCCUCAUCGCCCAAAUCCCUUGGGCAGCUCUUCCUUCUCCUCCAGUACCAGGCUCUGGCCAGCCGCAUCAAGGUGCUGGUCCGCAAGGCACAGGACCUGGGCCGGCUCUCACGCAUGCCAGGCACGCCAGGUCACUACAUCAUCAUCCACCUGUACCACAAUGGCUGUGUCAUCGACACCAAGGAGACCAAGUCCAUCAGCGGCUACAACCCCGUGUGGAACAAACCUUUCCUCUUCAACAUCCCUGCUGGGGAUAUCCAGCAGCAAGAGCUGGCAUUGGAGUUCAUUGUCAUGCAGGUGAGGUGGAUGGAGGUGACCGUGGCUAUGAAGGUCACCUGGAUCUCCUGUGCUCCUGCACCUGGGGGGCUCAGCCCCCAGAGGAGCCAUUUCUUGAUGCCCACAGGAGAUUGCUGGGGUGGGAUCACUCUUUUUGGGAUGAUGCAAAGCCACCAGCCAUGUCCCAUUUCCCCUCUCCUGCCACAGGCUCGCCUCCACACCCGUGGCUCCGUGCUGGGCUGUGUGCGGGUGGGGCCACGUGCCCCUGGGACCGGGCUGCUUCACUGGAGGGACAUGUGCAGCCAGGGACCACUGGAGUCAGCGCAGUGGCACCAGAUCCAGCCCAACACCCCCAGCCCCUGAUCCUGCCCACAGUCCACAGACAGGGCUUGCCCACAGGAGUGAGCCAAAUGGGAUCUCUGAGCCAUGGAGAGGUGAGGUCUCACCCGCACAUCACUGUGGGAUAAGUCUGGGCUCCAACUCCAGGACUGGAGAUGAGUGGUGG